AUGCGCUAUACUCCUGAGGUUUCACUCGACGAAUAUGGGGUGUCACUUCAGAAUGGCUUCCUUCCUCAUUCUCCCCCAUUGAAGACGAUGGAAAAUCCUUAUUACUGGCCGUGGGAGCAUAUUGUUAGUGACCUACCGAACCAUAUCCGAUUCCGAACUAUAAGACAAGCUGUGGAAGUACUUCCUAUUCUUUCGACGUCGAAGCUACAAGGAGAGCCAGAGUGGAGGAGAGCCUAUCUUUUACUUUCCUAUCUUACACAUGCUUAUAUCUGGGGUGGUGAAAAACCGAAAGAUAUCCUGCCCCCAGCUAUAUCCUCACCAUUCCUCGAAGUUUCGAGUCACUUAGAACUCCCUCCUUGUGCCACCUAUGCAGCGCUUAAUCUAUGGAACUACGCAACCUCCGAUCCCAAUGCAGACCUCACAGACCCUGAUCAUCUCUCAGUGACAGCCUCAUUCACCGGAACCAAAGACGAAGAAUGGUUCCUAAUGAUCUCCGUCGCAUUGGAAGCAAAAGGAGCACAACUUAUCCCGUUGAUGCUCGACACAAUCCACGCCGUCAGUAUUGAUGACACUCACCGUGCGUGUGAUUCCCUCCUCGCACUCAGCGAAGGGCUCAAGGAACUCCGCAAACUACUAGAACGGAUGUACGAAAAGAACCGCCCCUCAGUAUUCUACCACCAACUCCGCCCGCUUCUAGCCGGUAGCAAGAAUAUGGCCUCGGCCGGACUACCCAACGGCGUCUUCUACGACAUCGGCUCAGGCCAAGGGAAAUGGCAUCAAUACAGCGGUGGAAGCAAUGCACAAAGCUCACUAAUCCAGACAUUUGACAUAUUCCUGGGUGUGGAGCAUAUAGCUACCGGAGGCAUGAAGACUAAUGAUGCAGUUCAGCCAAGAGCUAAGAACGGAUUCAUGCAGGAAAUGAGAAACUAUAUGCCCGGUACUCACCGACGUUUCCUCGAGAUGCUUACCAGGGUCUCAAAUGUCCGUGCUUAUGCGCUCAGUCACAAGGCCAACUCACCAAUCCGAGAUGCGUACAACACGGCUGUAAUGUCUCUAGGGGUCUUCAGGGACUCACAUAUCCAAAUUGUCACGAGAUACAUCAUCAUGGCGGCGAAGACGAAACCGCUAUCCAGUGACUCCACACAAGUCAAUUUGGCCACAUCGACGACAACCCAUAUGCGAGAUAAAACCGAGAAGCUUACUGGGGGGAUCCAUGGUACGGGUGGGACAGAUCUGAUACCAUUCCUUAAGCAAACUCGAGAUACGACUAAAGCUACCGCAAGUUAUGAUUAA